AUGUCUCUUUCCGACUCGGAGCUCUCGUCGCUUUCAUCGGCGCCUCCGUCAGAUGAAGAAUCUGGCGCCAUGAACGUCGAUGAGCCUGUGGGCAUCACGAAGUACUUCAAGAAGGAGUCCGAAUCUCCGCCGCCGAAACGGGCACCGUCACCACCCCAUGAAUACGUUCUGGCCGAUAAUCCCGAUAUUGCAUUCAUCGUCAUGUUCCGCGCGCGUUUCCACGAGGCCUUCCCACGAUCCACGCCACACUUUGGCCCACAAGAUAUUGAACGAGGGGUCAGCGAGACGCCGCCAGGAGAUCACAUCGAGAGGCUAUUAUGUGCUUUUUUGGGUCUGGUGUUGAACCGAAAGAAAGACGUGGAUCGAAACCACUACCAACGACCUCUGGAGGAAGCGAUUCAGACCCAUGCCCCCCAGUGGCCUAAGGCUUGGCAGGGAAGGAACCCGCUCCACGGGGGGCGCACUUUCGCGGCGAUGACACCAGAAGAACGCCUGCAACUACUGAAAUCCCUCAUCCUCUGGUCCUUGUCUUCGUCCGAGGCCAUUCAGGCCAAGAUUAAGGAAUCCUACAAACAAGCGCGUCACGAAGACGACCUGAACCAACCCCUAUCCGUUCAGCCCUGGGGUCGCGACGGCCUGAAACGUCGAUACUGGCUCAUCGAAGGGCUUGACGACACCCAUUUCCGAUUGUAUCGCGAGAGCAACCCAGCCUUGAAGCAUGUGACGUGGUGGAGCGUGGCGGGCAGUAUCCCGGAAUUAAAGGCCAUUGCGGAUAAACUCGACGAGGAGAGGAGCGUGAACUCGAAGAAACUCAGUGAGAAGAUUAACAACUCUAUUCCCCGGUUUGAGGGUGCGGAAGAGAAACGCAAACGCCGUGAUUAUCGUAUUGCACGGAAGGCAGCAUUCACGCGACCGGAGCCCGGAUUCUCCUUAUAUGAAGGCCGCACUCGGGGAAAGAAGUUGAAAUACACCUACUCCGAUGACGAGGACAUCUUUUCUGAUGGCCUUCCAUCGACUCGACGCUCUACACGUAAUACUUCGGGCGUUUCUACACCCCCGGAGCCAGCCGGCCCCCGGUAUACGGCGAGUGGGAGGCAGAUUCGGUCUCGCGCGGGGGGGCUGUAUGGAGAGACGCUGCUGAGCGGCUCAGCUGCCGAUGAGGAGGGCGCAGGCAGACCCCAGAGGACUCGUUCGACCCGAGGAAAUGGACAACCGGGGUACGAUGUGGACGAGGACAUGGGCGAUGCAUCCGAAGCAGCGAAUUCUAGCGGAAAUGAAUGGCAGGGCGGCGAGGAAGAGGAGGAGAACGAAUUUGAAGGUGACGACGAAGAGGAAGUGAGCGGAGAUGAGUCGGUCGUGGAUGGAGAGGCCCCCAGCUUGGUGGUGCAGCUCAGAUACACUAAAGGCAAAGCGUCUAGUCCCAGUGGUCCUGACGGCGAUGCUCAACCACUAGAGGCAACGACUCAGCCGCCGGCUCAAGCGCAAACUGGCUCUAAUGGGCUAGAUACCCACAAGGACUCGGCAGCAGCAGAUGCUGAGCAGUCGGCUGUGGCACCCGGCGCGAAUCCUGACCAGAAAACCGAACUACAGAACACCGGGGAUGAGCAGCUGAAGGAAACCCCAAAGCUUCCCCAGCCUACGACCGGCACAGACCUGCCAACUCACCCGCCCGUCACCCUCGCUAAAUCAGGCGAGGCUGCUUGA